UCGAGUGCGUAAGAGCGCAGAGCAGCACAGCAGAGAGACCCUCUCCAGCGCACAGACCCCCGUCGCCGGGAUUACCGUUUCCUCUCCUGCUGAACACGACGCGCUCUCUCAAUGAAGCUUGCUUCUUCGACGUGAUUUCUUCGCCAUGAGCUGCCUGGAUGUGAUGUACAAAGUGUUUGGUCCUCAGCCUUAUUUCACCUCCUACAGCCCUUAUCACCACCAGAAACUGGCCUUGUAUUCCAAAAUGCAAGACCCCCAGGACAGCGUGAGCCGGCUCGGCCCCUCGGGCCCCCCGGCCAUCAAAGAGGAGGACAAGGAGCUGCCCCCGGGAGCGGAGUACCUGAGCUCCCGCUGCGUCCUUUUCACUUACUUCCAGGGAGACAUCAGCGCCGUAGUGGACGAGCACUUCAGCCGAGCCCUGAGCCACACAACCGUGUACUCGAGCAGCCACAAGGCCGGGAGAGAUGGACCAUUCCCAAUGAGCCAGAGAAGUUUCCCUCCGUCCUUCUGGAACAGCUCCCAUCAGCCGCCCGUCUCCUCCGCAUUGGGCGGCGCUCUGUCGGCUCCGCACGCGGAGCUUCCGUUCCCCGGAGACCCGUACUCCUCCGCCUCCUUGCACAGCCACCUCCACCAGCCGAGCCCCGACUCCUGGCACCCGUCCCACCACCACCACCACCACCACCACCAUCCGUACUCCCUAGGGGGCUCGAUAGGCGGCCAGGGCUCGGCCUACCCGCGCCCGGGGGUCCACGAGAUGUACGGCACAGCGUUCGACCCCCGUUACAGCUCCCUGCUGGUGCCGUCGGUGAGGCCUCAUCACCGCCUGGCGUCCGGCAGCUCGGUCCCGGGGCCCAGCAGCUCGCCCUGUGACCUGGGAGGGAAGGGGGAGUCGGGGACGGGAGCGGCCUGGAGUGGCGCCUUCACCGGAACCGAGAUUGGACUCAACAUGGACACAGGUCUGCAGGGACAAGACAAGAGCAAGGACUUGUAUUGGUUUUAGAGACUGCUGAGACUCUACCCCGACCCCCGACCCCCUCCCUCCCCCCCUACACUUCACCCACUUCAGCUUUAGCCUCUUUCCUCCACUCCUGUUGUCGCUACGCUGAGGUUACGGGACGACUGACAGACAAACUGACAGUUUUGUGGCGUAACUGCUUCUGGUCUACUUGCAGCUCGGUGUCACGGAGGUCUGUGCAGCGGCAGCGCAGCCCUGCUGAGCUGAUCGCCCACCGGGUGGAUGCAAAAAGACACGAGCGCGGAGACAAAAGUGGAGAGACAGAGAAUCUGCUCUUGACGGAUGUGGAGAAAGACAAGACUCUUUGUGCAGGGACAACAUUCCUUUAAUGGAAAAAAAGAAAAAAAAAGAAAAGGUCUGGGGACAGACGGACAGAAACAUGUGUUGUCAACCUCCCAAAGGCAAGCGCUUGAAGACUUGGCAGGACUUGUCUCGCCGGGACAACUGGGCAACAGACACUGGGAGUGUUGUGGCUGGAGGAAAAGGCCGCGCUGGUGUCGAGGAGGCCGCACAGCAGGGAUUUGGGGGACUGCGAGAGCAGGAGGCCAAACGCUUUGGUUUACACGGAGUCCGUUGGUUCAAUGUCGACCGAAAAGCUCAGCAUUGUGUGGCACUGUAAAAGUUAAAUUAAACAGUUUUGACCGAUGACAAACGUUAUUUAAGUAAUGAUUUCACAAAGUGUUUGAAACAACAGCUGCAAACAACCACGGCUGUGUCCAAAUGACGGACGGUGUGCAAACUCUGGGCACGUUUUUUAGCACAUAGAAGGAAAUAAUUCCGCAUGCAUACACCAUUGUGAGCAGGUGACAUCGGACUAUUGUCCUGUAAUGCAACGUGCAAACGUUCACAGACUACUAAUUGAUUUGUACCAUAGAGCACACAGAUAAUCUUACUGAUUUGAAUUAGAUCAAACACAACGUUUGCUGCUUCGCUCUGUUUUAAGUUCACCCUCUUUUUUUGACAUUUUAUACAAUAAACUAUCAAUGAAUCCGUUGGAUAACAACAGAUUAAUGCAUAGGUACGAUUCUGGAUAUGACAAUCACUUUUGCCCUUAUUUAAAUAUUGUUUAAACUGUAUAUACGCUCGCUGCCGAAUGGGGACACCUGCUUGUCGUAUCACAGGAGGGAUGAGACCAGUUGUACCUCAACAUUUCUUUCUUUCAAAGACACUGUCAGGUGUAAACUGUAAAGAUAUUUUUAUGUGGUGGGAUUUUUGUUUAAGCGCACUUUUGAAAAACCUUGCAAGCAGCCGUGGCUGAGCCCAUUUACCUGCCGCAGACCGGAUGAGGGAUUUUUAUGGAGAACCGUUCUCACUGGAGCAGCCGCCAUUAGACGUGAAACAUCACGCUGACUGUGUCAACAAAGAAAUGCAAACCUCUCACUGGCGGCGUCUGAGGGAGAAGGGAGGCGUCCCCCCGACGAAUGAGGAGAACGACGGCUAUUUGAAGCCGCUUGACUCUUUCCCUCUCUGCUCCCGUGCAGCUGUCAACGACAACUGCUCUUUGACUCAGUGAACACACGCACACACACACACACACACACAUCCGAGCACACACCGUGAUUUUUGAGUUCUUUGUGAGGGCCAAUGAAGCUAGAAUGAAACCAAAAAGAACAAAUAGAUUUUGUGGCUCUAGUUGUGGGGACCGCUCCCUGUUGCUAAGCAAAUUUGGUUCUUUUUUAAAUGUUUUUCUGUUAAUAAAAGGGUUUCAGUUUUA